AUGAAUGCUCCUCCUCAGACGGUACUCAUUACUGGUUGUAAUAGGGGACUUGGUCUCGAGUUUGUCCGACAACUCGCUACUCUAGCCUCCUCGCCAUCUUGCAUCAUAGCAACUUGCAGGAAACCAGACAAUGCUGUGGCGCUAAGAAAAAUAUCAAACAAAUAUCCGUUUGUGCAUAUUUUACAGCUUGAGGUAACAGACCGCGAAAACAUCAAGAAGUUAAAAGAACAAGUGAGAGAUAUUCUACAGGGCCGUGGGCUGAACCUGCUCAUCAAUAAUGCAGGGGUGGGGCCUGGUGGUGAUCUCUAUGACGUCACUGAGGAAAUAAUGAUGAACACUUUUAAGAUAAAUGUCGUAGCCCCGUUGCUCAUCACACAAGCAUUUCUACCGUUCUUAAAAACAGCUGCAAAGACAACAGAAGGUAUCGGAUUAUCCUGGCGAAAGGCCGCAGUUGUGAAUAUCUCAAGUCGUCUAGCUUCCAUAGAAACCAACGAUGAAUUCUUGGUGGGCCGUUAUUCAUAUAAGACGUCAAAGGCCGCACUAAACAUGGUAUCGAAAAACCUAGGGGUAGAUCUCCGUGAGGACUGUAUACUGGCUUUAAGUCUGUCACCGGGUUCUGUUCGUACUGACAUGGGUGUGCCAUCAGCACCUUUACUUCCUCAUCAGAGUGUGGAGAUGAUGUUACAGGUCAUGGCUGGACUAAACGAGGACGACAGUGGCGCAUUUCUUAACUUCACAGGAGAACUCAUUCCUUGGUAG